CCAUACCAAGUCCCCUUCUACUUGUUUCAGUGUAUAAUCUGAAUUUUCUUACCUACAAUAUAACCCAAGUGUGAAAGAUGGCCAGUAACGAUGAUUCUUUGCACAUGUUUUUCUUCCCCUUCCUAGCUCAUGGCCAUAUGAUACCUUUGGUUGACAUGGCCAAACUAUUUGCUGCAAAAGGUGUGAGAGCCACCAUACUCACCACACCACUCAAUGCACCUAUCAUCUCCAAAGCCAUAGAAAAAACCAAAACUCAUCAAGGCAAAGAAAUCCAAAUCCAAACCUUGAAAUUCCUUGGCACCGAGUUUGGUUUACCCGAAGGAUGCGAACACUGUGACUCACUCCCUUCACCAAAUCUAUUUCCAGCCUUCAUUAUGGCCACUGCUUUGUUGCAAGAGCCCUUUGAGCAACUAUUGCAUCAACAGCGUCCAAAUUGUGUUGUUGCGGACAUGUUCUUCCCAUGGACAACAGAUUCCGCGGACAAAUUUGGAAUUCCCAGGCUUGUGUUCCACGGGAUUAGUUUCUUCUCCUUGUGCGCUUCCCAAAUAAUGAGUCUCUACCAGCCUUACAACAACACUUCUUCGGACACGGAGUUAUUCGUUAUUCCUAAUUUCCCAGGUGAAAUCAAAAUGACAAGGUUGCAGGAGGCAAAUUUCUUUAGGAAAGACGAUGUGGACUCUAGCAGAUUUUGGAAGCAAAUAUAUGAAUCAGAGGUGAGGAGCUAUGGAGUGGUUGUUAACAGCUUCUAUGAACUUGAGAAGGAUUACGCAGAUCAUUACAGAAAGGAACUUGGGAUAAAAGCAUGGCAUAUAGGCCCUUUGUCUCUAUGCAAUAGGGAUAAAGAGGAAAAAACAUUUAGAGGAAAUGAAGCGUCUAUUGAUGAGCACGAGUGCUUAAAGUGGCUGAACACGAAAACAACUAAUUCAGUUGUUUACGUGUGUUUUGGAAGUGCGGUAAAGUUUUCCAAUUCACAGCUUCUAGAGAUUGCUAUGGGACUUGAGGCAUCGGGACAACAAUUCAUCUGGGUCGUUAGGAAAAGCAUCCAAGAAAAGGGAGAGAAAUGGUUACCUGAAGGAUUUGAGAAAAGAAUGGAAGGUAAGGGACUAAUCAUAAGAGGGUGGGCGCCUCAAGUGUUGAUCCUUGAACACGAAGCCAUUGGCGCGUUUGUGACACAUUGUGGAUGGAAUUCGACGUUGGAAGCAGUGAGUGCUGGGGUGCCCAUGAUCACUUGGCCUGUGGGUGGCGAGCAAUUUUACAAUGAGAAGUUGGUGACUGAGGUACUUAAAAUUGGUGUACCUGUUGGUGUUAAAAAAUGGACUCGUUUUAUAGGGGAUGAUAGUGUUAAGUGGGAUGCAUUAGAGAAGGCUGUGAAAAUGGUAAUGGUUGAGGAAAUGAGAAAUAGAGCACAAGUUUUCAAGCAGAUGGCAAGAAGAGCAGUGGAAGAAGGAGGAUCUUCUGACUCAAAUUUGGAUGCUUUAGUUCGGGAGUUGUGUUCCCUCUCCCAUUGAGGCAUCUAAUAUGAACAAAAGGCGCAUUUAAAAUUUGAUUCCUAAGAUUGAUGAAUAAUCCACCUUAAGAAGGAAAUA